GGUCAGCCUGCGGCUGUUCUCGGCUUCGCCACGAGGGUCAAUUCCUAUCGGCCAUCGGCGACUGGCGGGUUCCCUCGAUGGCGGGGUCGGGGGACUCGCCCCAUGUGAGCUCUGGACCUGCUUUUUAGGUGCAUGCGACCGUUCGGUAUCCCUGGGGUCUGUGGAGGAGACCUUCCUGUUUGGGGGUUCUUAACGGAACAACUCCAUCGCCAAGUAAAUUCCAGGCUGUUUUCUGGACCGAAAUUCAAAGUUUGAUCCGGGACUAGAACACUCACUCAUCGUUCAUUCACGACUCGUGAAUUCCGCGGAUCCAAGCAACACACUCACCUUAAGCCGACUGCGAUCAGCUCACAUCCAGAACCGCAAACAGCAUGUCGGCGCAAGAACUAUCGAUGGACCUCCCGGUCAUCGACCUGGACAUCUUCCGCGGUCAACCCCGCGACUCGCCUGCGGUGCAGGCCGAGUGCGUCAAGGCCGCCGACGCCCUCAUCGCGUACGGCGCGCUAGUGCUACACGACUCGCGCGUGUCGGAGCAAGACAACGACACCUUCCUGGACCUGCUCGAGGACUACUUUGCGCAGCCCGAGGCCGACCUCCGAAAGGACGAGCGGCCCGAGCUAGCGUACCAGAUCGGCGUGACGCUCGAGAACACCGAGAAGCCCAAGUGCGCCGUCGAUGAGCCUUGCCUGCAGGUCAUUGAGCGGCUGGCCCCUUCGGAGCGCCCGCUCGACAUCUCGGCACACUCGCCGGACCCCAAGUGCCGCUUCUUCUGGCGCAUGGUCGAGCCGCCACCGUACAAGACGCAGUUCCCAACCCUAGGCGCGGACAACAUCACUCCCGAUGCGCCGCACAUCAGGGAGCGCUGGGGGCCGGCUAUGAAUCAGUGGGGGACAUCAAUGAAGAAUGCUGUUGAAGGCCUCACCCAGAUGGCUGCCGUUGGCUUGGGUCUCGAGGCAGAUACAUUCAAAGAUGCGGGCCGAUACGGCUCCCACCUCCUCGCGCCGACCGCAUCCGACCUCGCCAAGUACGGGCAAGAGGGCACGAUCCUGGCGGGCUUCCACACGGACCUCAACUUCCUCACCAUCCACGGCCGGUCGCGGUACCCGGGCCUGCACAUCUGGGCGCGCAACACGGGCAAGCGCAUCCCCGUCAAGAUCCCGCCGGGCAACUACCUGCUCGUGCAGGCCGGCAAGCAGCUCGAGCACGCCACGGGCGGGCUCGUCAAGGCCGGCUACCACGAGGUCGUCGUCAACGACCGGACCGUGCGCGUCAUCGAGGACCGCCGCGCCCGCCUGCCCGAGCGGCCCCUCGUCCGCAUCUCGUCCACCUUCUUCUGGCACCUGUCGUCCGACCACGACCUGGCCCCCAUCCCGGCGCUGGCCGAGAAGGCGAGGGCCGUCAGGGCCCAGCAGUUCAACCUAGGCAAGGACGAGGGGGAGGAGGUUCAGUAUCCGCCCAUGAAGGUGGGCGAGCAGGUGCAGAGUGAGCUCAAGCACAUUGCCCUGAUGGCAACAAGCUGAAGGGGUUGAAGUUCGUGGUGUCUCAGUCCCUCGUUGCACAGCAUCAGUGCCGCGUCAAGGUGGGCUUGUACUGUUGGGCCCAAUCAGAGAGAGAGUUGAUGGGUGUAGCUGAGAUAUAUGACGGUAAUAGUGUGUCUGACUGUGGCUGGAAUAUGUACCUAGCGAUAGCAGUGUGUGUUGUAUCGAUAGAAGAACUAGAUGCCCCUUGAAUUUCAAAGAUGUUAAACCAA